AUGGAGGCGAAUGACCUCUGGAAUCAUGUCGUGGCGACUUACGACCCUUUUACAAUCAAAUUCGCCGGCAUUACAGCCGUCAGCAUCUUCAGUUGGUGGAUCCCCUGCAUCGGCUUCACCUGUCUUGAAUACAUGGCACCAUCUUUUUCAGAAAAGCAUAAGAUGCAGCCAAGUUCCAAGAAAGUUAAACCUCGAGAUGUUUUACGGGCUGUCGGUAUGGCACUUUGCAACGAUCUUCUCAGUAUUCCGAUGUAUAUGGCUUUGUCAUACGCCUUUGCUGGAAAAAACCGUACAGCCGUUGUGGGAGUUGUUCCCAACCUACCUACACCAACUGAGUUUGUGCUUGGAUUUGUGCAAAAUUUAAUUUUGCGCGAGACCUUCAACUACUAUUGGCACCGUCUUGCACACUGGAAGCCGCUGUAUAAGCGAUUUCACAAGGUGCACCACGAGUUCACAGCGCCAGUUGCAUUUGCCUCCAAGUAUGCUCAUCCGCUUGAGUACCUAACGGUUGACUCUCUACCUGUUUUGCUGCCGCCGCUACUGUUGAAGACCCAUAUUGUAACUACGUGGGCGUUCAUGUAUCUGGUGUUGUUCUCAUCGACGGUGAUUCACAGCGGCUAUGAUUUCUUCUAUGAGGCAGCUUAUAUGCACGACCGUCACCAUGAAGGAGCUGCGAAUGUGUAUUAUGGUUCCUGGGGGCAACUUGGAAUGUUGGAUUGGAUUCAUGGAACGGUUGAGAAAGAGCGCAAGAGAAGACACACCAAAACAGAGUAA